AGUGUAAAAACUGUAUAAAAAGGUUGCAUUUCUGAUCACUUUAAACAUAUUUUCUUAUUCCUUUUAUUUCAAAAAUGAACAACACUAAAAACGACGCUAUGAACAACACUAAGCCUAUGACUGAUGCUGAAUUGGAAGCUCAAUUCGUUGAACGCAACCAAAACUUGAAGCAAACUAUCCAUAGCUUUGUUGACAAGAUUGACUCUGCUGCUACUAAGACACAAGACUUUUUAGAGCACAAUGCUUCAAGCAUGGCCAAUGCCCAAACAAGCAAUGCUACUGCUACAACUACUACUGUCCCUACCGGUGGUCGUCUGAGUACAAUGACUGUUGGCACCGGCAACUUUAACAAUGGUAUUCGAGCUACUACUGCCACACAUACUGGUGAAGAUGAUAUCAGCAUGGACAACAACAUCUUCGACAGAAAAGCUAUGAGCAGUAUUCAGCAUGAAAUUCAAGCUAUGCACUCAAGUGAUCCAGAAAUCUUUGAAGAAGUAGCCACUAAGAUGGACGAAACUUUUGGUCAUAAUGCUCUUGUAUAAAUUUGUAAAUAAUUAGGGUUUUUGAAUAAAUAAUAUAUAUAUGAUGUAAC